AUGCAUUCUUAUGAUCAGCCAGCUAUUGUAACAAUAUCUGAAGAAGAAAUCAAUCAUACUAAUUGGGUUAAUAGUAUGUUAUUGAUGAGGACAGUUUUGGAGUGGGUGCAGCCAAGUGGUAAGGCAUCGGUUUUCGAUGUUGCUGUGUCGGGAGGUCAUGGUACUGUAAGGAAGCACCCAGGUAUGUACAUGGGGGGGAUACCUGGUGAUGGGUCUGGUUUGCAUAUAUGGGGUUGUUGA